AAAGUUCUUAUCCAUAUUUUUAUGAAUAAGUUGUUUUAACGAGAACGAUUAAAAACAAUAACUCAGCAGUGAUAUUCAGUGUAUCAACCAUGUUUUUGGUUCUGAUCAUAAUAGUUUCAACUGCGCUUUAUUUCUACUCCGUGAGAAACCAUGAUUAUUGGAAGAAAAGAAACGUAAAGCAUGAGGCGCCGUUACCUCUUAUAGGCAAUCAUAUCGAUAACCUCUUUGGAAUCAAAGGCAUGAUCGAAACAAGCGUAGAAUUGUACAAUAAGUACCGCGAAGAGAAAAUUAUAGGGUACUACAGAGGUACGACGCCGGAACUGAUCGUGAAAGACCUGGAGUUGAUCAAGAAAAUAAUGGCGACCGACUUUCCUUACUUUUACAACCGCGGUUUGAGUCGAAAUCCUGAUAUAGAGCCGACGUUUGGAAACUUAUUUCACGCGGAAGGAGACAGGUGGCGGCUGCUGCGUCAGCGUCUGACUCCCGCCUUUACAACCGCUAAGCUUAAAGCGAUGUUUCCGCUGGUGGUACGUUGUGCUGAGAGCCUGCAGGAUGUAGUGAUGGAGCUGGCCAGUCACCGAGGCACGUACGAUGCGCGUGAGCUGAUGGCGAGGUUCACUACCGAGUUCAUCGGCGCCUGCGGCUUCGGCAUCGAGAUGAACUCUAUCAACAACGAACACUCCAGCUUCAGAGAACUUGGAAGAAUUAUGUUCACCCGUAGCCUUCGAAAUCGUCUCCUACUUCCAAUAUGGGAACUGUUCCCUGAAGUAAGAAACAUUUUAAGAGUCGAUCCAGAUGCAGCUGAGAAGGGGAUAACAGCUAUCGUAAAGCAAAUACGUCAUCAGAGGAAAUACCAGCCGAUAGGACGACACGACUUCAUAGAUCUGUUGCUGGAGUUGGAGAAGAAGGGUAAAAUUGUUGGAGAAUCGAUAGAGAAAUUUGACAAAGACGGUGCGCCAGAAACUGUAGAAAUGGAAAUGGACCCAAAAUGCCAAAUGGCGCAAGUGUUCAUUUUCUUUGCUGCUGGAUUUGAAACAUCCUCUUCUGCCACUAGUUACACUUUACAUGUCCUAGCAUACAAUCCGGAGAUUCAACGCAGGGUACAAGACGAGAUUGACUCUGUUAUGAAAAAGUAUGAUAACAAACUUUGUUACGACGCUAUAGCUGAAAUGAGUCUACUAGAUAUGGCAUUUCAAGAGGCUAUGCGGAUGUUCCCCUCAGUUGGAGUCCUGAAUAGAAUUUGUACGAGACAGUACACGAUCCCUGACCUUGGCAUCACAAUCGACCCUGGCGUGAAGAUCCUGAUCCCAGUGCAAGCCAUCCAAAUGGACGAGAAAUAUUUUGAUAACCCUAAAGAGUUCAGACCAGAAAGGUUUACACCAGAAGAAAAAAGGAAGAGACAUGCGUAUACAUAUCUGCCUUUUGGAGCAGGUCCUCGAGCGUGUAUCGGCGAGCGUCUCGGUCACAUGCAGUCUCUGGCGGGCUUGGCGGCGCUGCUACACAGGGUGACAGUAGAGCCUGCAGCCAGCUCCCGACGAGAGAUCAGAGUGCACCCACUGUCCAACACCUCGCAACAAGUCGCUGGAGGGAUACCGCUCACCUUCACACCUAGAAGAACAUCACACGAAUAGUUAACAUGACCAGGAGCACAGAAUAAGGAAUAAUACUGCGUGUAGAACGGCAAUUCUCCGCCCCACCAGCGUCUGAGCUAGGUUUACCUCACCCCCCUCGAACACAGUUUAGACCUUAAUCGUAUGGCGUCAGACGUCACACACACAGAUGCACGUUUACGAUAACGUCAAAUUGUGGUCUGUGUAAAACGAGGUUAUUUGUAUGAAGUGUCCGGGGUGUGACAGGAGUUAAGUCCAGUACCGAGAUUCGUACAGGCGCACCACAGUGAUUUAUAAUAUUAGUUAAGAACGGCCUCUGAGGUCCAGUGGUUGAGCGUUGAGCUCACGAUCCGGAGGUCCCGGGUUCGAAUCCCGGUGGGGACAUAUCACAAAAAUCAUCUUUGUGAUUCCCAGUUUGGUUAGGACAUUACAGGCUGAUCACCUGAUUGUCUGAAAGUAAGAUGAUCCGUGCUUCGGAAGGCACGUUAAGUCGAUGAUCCCGGUUACAUCAGUAUGUAAGUGAGUAAUCGUUACAUGAAGGCUCAUGUAACGAUUACUCACUUACAUACUGAUGUAACCCUGACACCAGGGUUGAUGAGUUUCGUAAUUCACCUCACAACCCGCACGAUAGAAUAAGAAGUUAGGAUUUUACUUUUUCGUUUUUGCCGACAGAGCUUUACACUCCAUACUUUCUAUAGGUAACAAAAAUCUAGUCCAUGAUUAAUGAUACACUUCGAAGUGAUUCAAGACUUUGUCAGUUUGAGUAAUUACCAAAGUAACGCUCUAUUCAAUGUACACUUCAAUGAAUAAACUAAUUCAGUACUAUUCUCUAAACCCCAGGUAAUAACCCAAGAACAUUUUAGGUCCAUUCAGGAAACGCACUUGUUCUGGAAGCGAAAUAAACUUACUUAAAUAAAAUUAGGAUAAAUGAACAUAAUCCUCCCAACAUAAUAAAUAGAAAAAUAUAUUUAUCAUAAUAAAAUGAAAUACAUAUAAAUAUAAGACUGUAUGCUUUAUAUAUACCUAUUUCCUUGGCUUCUCAAUCAUCAUCACUAAUUUAAGAGCCACGCUCUUGUCGGUGUCAUUCUGCUAUUAGACCCUCCAUGCUACUUUUUAGGGAAAAAUAGGGCAAUGGUUUCCCUCUGGCCUUCCGCCCCGCAGUACUCUGUCUGACGCGAGCGGGAUGAUGCCCAGAG